GUAAAACAGGCGAGGCGGGGCUUCCAAAAUACCUUGCUGUGGGAUCCACCCCCCAAAAUCCACAACCGGAUACGCUUUGUUAGCCUUGUACCUCUCUCGCUUUGUCCUGCUCCCACCUUACUAUAUUUUCUUUCCCAAAGGCUCCUACUUUUUAUAAAUUUCUUCUUCAACCGUUCCAAAACCCAGCAAAAUUUUAAAUAUCUAAAACUAAAAAUAUCUUUCAUUUCUUCUUCAAUGGAAGGUGAAGCAGGUGGGUCCGUCUCGUGUGGGUCAUGGAUCCGUCGACCCGAAAACGUCAAUUGGGUUGUCUUGGCCCGGAUAAUGACCCGACCCACUUCUUCUUCUUCUUCAGUUAUUGAGAUUUUCCCUUUUGAUCCCAACACCACUUCUCUCUCUUCGUCUCCGUUGGCUAGGCAUGAGCUUGAAGAAAGUGAUGGUGAUCCAAUAACCAUUGCAGUGCACCCAAGUGGAGAUUGUUUUGUUUGCUCUACCACUAAUGGAGGCUGCAAGUUGUUUGAGUUGUAUGGUCAAGAAACACAUUUACAGCUGUCCACCAAAGAAUUACCUCCUCUCCUAGAUGCGGGCCCGCAAAAAUGCCUAGCUUUCAGUGUUGAUGGUUCUAGAUUUGCUGCUGGUGGGGUGGAUGGACGGCUUAGAAUCUUGGAAUGGCCAACUCUACGCAUCAUUGUAGAUGAAGUAAGAGCGCAUAAAUCCUUUCGAGAUAUGGAUUUUAGCCUAGAUUCUGAGUUCUUAGCUUCAACAUCAACUGAUGGUUCUGCAAGAAUAUGGAAGACAGAAGAUGGUGUUCCUUUGAUGACUUUAGCUCGCAACUCGGAUGAAAAGAUUGAAUUAUGUCGGUUCUCCAAGGAUGGGACAAAACCAUUUUUGUUUUGCACUGUUCAAAGGGGUGAUAAAGCAGUUACUGCAGUUUAUGACAUAAGCACGUGGAAUAAAAUUGGGCAUAAAAGAUUACUCGGAAAGCCUGCUUCUGUUAUGUCUGUUAGCCUGGAUGGAAAAUAUCUUGCUCUCGGAAGCAAAGAUGGAGACAUCUGUGUGGUUGAAGUAAAGAAGAUGGAGAUCAGCCAUUGGAACAAGAGGCUACACUUGGGUACAUCCAUUGCAUCACUAGAGUUCUGCCCUAGUCAAAGGGUUGUACUUACAACUUCUAGUCAGUGGGGAGCAAUGGUAACAAAACUAAACGUCCCUGCCGACUGGAAAGAGUGGCAGAUCUAUUUGCUGCUUUUAGGACUAUUUUUGGCAUCGGCAGUUGUGUUUUACAUAUUCUUCGAGAAAUCGGAUUCAUUUUGGAACUUCCCUAUCGCGAGAGAACAAACGAGACGGAACAUAGACUCGUUUUUAGGGGAUGCACAGUCCGAUGAUCCAAAUGUGUUUGGACCGCUUGAUAUGUGAUCAUUUUUAUUUAUUUGGAAAAUACCAUCAGAACUAGAAAAUAAAGUGUUCACAUUACUUUCAGUUCCAUGCUAAAUGUAUGAUAUUAGAUUGCUUUCGGAAGAGGGUGCCAAAUAACUUAAUUGUUUUCUAUUA